UCCAUCCAUUUAUUCAUCCAUCCAUCCAUCCCUUGUAAGUUGUAUGUAAUUAUUACAGCUCUCACUAGAAAACUGUUGAUUUUUGUUUAAAUUCCCUUUUUGUAGUAACAUCAUUUUUAAAGGGAAAUUGAUAAAAAAAAAAAAUAUCUUAAAUUCACAUAUCUAAAAUUAAGGUCUUAAAAUGUCUUAGUGAAAUUACUUGCCCUUAAAUGCGUUAUCUACAGGUCUUGAAUUUUGUUGUGGAAUAUGUAAUCUCGGAUAUUAAACAUUAAAGUAUCUUUAGUGUCAUGUGAAAGAGUCAAAGGUGCCAUUGGUUGCAUCUAAGCUAACUUCUGUUGUCAACCCAUACAAUUAAUUUAUUUAAUUUUUUUUGCAUGUUUCUAUUAUGCUGCAAGUCUUAAAUUUCAUUCAUAAUGGUCUUAAAAAGGUAUUAAAGUCUGAAAUUGGAAUGUUUAGAAGUGCAUUAAUGCUACUGUUUUAUACUGUCACAAAUAUGUAAAAAAAAAUAAAAAAAAUAAAAAAUAAAUAAAAAGUACACACUGCAGCUUCAAGGGUCAAACAAAACAUUUAUAAAUAAACCAUUAAAACAAUUUAACAGAGCUUGUUGCAGCGAUGAGUGAAACUGGAAUUGGUUCCCCUGAUCAGAUUCUGCCCACGGCCCGUUCAGGUCUGGACCGUCUCUGAGGUGCAGCCUGUUUUCCUGGGACGUGGGAGUCUUCGUUGCGGACAACUUGUGUCUGGAAGCCACCACUCCGGGAUCCCAUUCACAUCAGGUUCUAGCUCGGCGUUCAGCUUUUAUUUAAAUCUCUUGAACGCAGCUCCGCAGCUUUUCUCUGCUGGCAAAGGCCAGUGCGCAUGCGCUCUGCUGACACUCCAGUAAUCCGCUGGAGGAGAUUGCAUCCUAGUCCACUGCGCUCAGGCUGCUACCAGUGAGGGAGAAUUAAAAAUGAUGGAGGAAAUGUAGAAUUGGAGAAAGGCAGGCUAAGAUGUUCGGACGUUAUUAUGGGACGGAGCGGAGUUUCGCGAUGAGCAACCGGGACGGGAACGAGGAUGAAUCCGAAUCUAAGACAUAUUCGCAAGACGGCUUGCGAAUAUGAGAAACCCGCAGACAGGAAUGAAGCCGGCAGAAGAUAAGCGGUUUUCUCUGGGAUCUGUAUAUCUGUGGUACGUGGACGCAGGCGCAGAACGGAAAUCCAGCAACACUGCUGUUCAUUAUAAGGCUAAAGUGGACCGGCGCGCUGCUUUCCUGAUCACCUAAUUACUGGUCGAUACAUUGACUUCUGCCCCAUCAUCCCUCCAUCCAAAUGCACACUGUGAAGUUUGUCCUCCGUGACAGUUUCGCCGUAAAGACGCGCGCCUCGUAGAGACUCGCAAUGACGGGCAGACGGGUCCAGAUCAACCCGAGCCAGCCUGCAGGAACUGGACCGGCCGGGCUCCUGGCUGCGGGAUCAGACAGAAAUUAAGCUGCGGCUCUCAGACAGGAACACCAGGAUCAAAUCCCCGCUGUUGAGCUGGCAGAGGACCGCAGCGUGACACCCAGCACCGCUCCAGCCCAACCUCUCGGGCAAUUUGUUGGAUAACUCUUGAGGUGUAAAGAACUUUAUGACUCCCUGAUUUAUUUUAACCCAAGAAGAAAUCCCCACUUUAAAUAUUUGUGAUAUUACAUGUUCUCCUUCAGAGAAAUGCAGCUGAUAUGUUGCUUUUAAAUCUCCACAACAGCUGUUCCUCUGCCGGGAUGACUGAAAGGGGAGACUGGGAUAUUUGCAUACUUGUUGUUUUGCCAAAACCCCUCCCUUGAAAUCCAGUGCAUUAAUUUCCCCCAGAUUCCUUGUUGUAAAUAAUUCUUCAGGCUACUUCCACUUCUAACUUUCAAUCGUUUGAGAUGUAUGUCGUGUUAAAACUAAACAAACAGAUUUAUGCACCUACAUAUUUCAGGUGUUUAACGCUGAUCUUCUGAGCAUGUCUAAUAGAGAAGACAGGAAGCGCUUCCAAGGACUUACCAUAUGCUAUGUACAAGAUUUGCUGCAGAAUGUCGCAAGCCUAAAAGAUGCAAGGACAGAAUUGCAAGGCUUUGCAUCAGAAAAACUACAUUUCAACCUCUGGGAUCAGUAAAAAUGCUCCCACUACUCAGAACUUUUCGCAUAAACUCUGGGAAAUGCAGCCAGCUUUGGAUCGUCUACCUGCAGAUCAUCAACAUUUGUGAGGAGCCCGUUUGUACCUGAGCCGAGGAGGAUAUCUGUGCUGUCUUUGAGGACCUCGGUGUGCUCCACCUGCUUCAGAUCUGGAUCCCUCGUCAACUUCUGUGUUGCAGGGAAAACAGAAGCGAACAGGUAUCAGGAAGAAAGCGGGGUCUAUUUUACCUACAACUGUGGAGAUGGGGAGCUCGGCCUCGUCUCUCGCUGCAGAGACCGAGUCGGACCAUGGCUUCGGCAGUACCUCCUACCCGUCGUCUCCCCCUGUGGGUUGGCUCAGAAACAGCCACAGCAGUCCGGUGUGGGGAACCACCUUCAUCACACGGCAGCACCAACAGCCUGUGCCGCACCGAGAGCGCAGCCAUUCCCACUCUCCUGGCUCCAUGGCUGCAGCAGUGCGAAGCAGCGAGUGGUCAUGUGGACGCUGCACCUUCCUGAAUGCAGGCGCGGCGCCCCGCUGCUCCAUCUGCGAGGCGCCGCGGCAGAAACCGGAUCUGAACCAGAUCCUGCGGCUGAGCAGCACUGAGGAGCAACGCUGGGCCUGCCCACGCUGUACGCUCAACAACCCACAGGGAUCCGGAUCCUGCUCGGUCUGUGGUUUCGGCCCGUCGUCCGCCACCAACACCCCGCCUACCACAACCAUAGCCAUCACUGCCAAUGGCCUCCCAUCUGCUCCAACUGAGCCCCCGACACCCGCAGUCACCCCCACGGUACUACUUGAGCCCAAUGGACAGCACCCGGUCAAAGAGGACGCGUUGCGCCGCUCGGAGAGCAACGGAGAAGUGAGUGGCCAUGAAGGGCAGAACCCCGGUUGGGCUUGUGCCCGGUGUACGCUCCACAACACCCCAGUGGCUCUAUCAUGCUCUGCCUGUGGCGGACCCAGAAAACUCUCUCUGCCUAAAAUCCCCCCAGAGGCGCUGGUAGUACCUGAAGUACGUACACCUGUCGUCGGGUUCCCCGUUCACCCAGCACCGUCAGCACCCUUAGUCAUCGACCUCACAGACGAGUCCAACACCCCCACUCUGUCUGAUCCUCAAGAAUCUCCCCAGGUUUCGUCACAGGGUCUCUCUUCGCCUUAUCCAACAUUUCCCUCUCUCCAGAACAAUCCCGUGCCCCGCAGCCGAAGAGAGGUUCCCCCACCAGGCCGCCCGCAAAACCAAGGAACCAACAGUCCCAGCCCCACCUCCCCGUCCACGGCCGUCGUGCCCCCGCAGCCUGGCCCGCAGCGGCCAGCCAAGCCCAAACACGCACAACCCCAAGAACCUUCGUACCCCAGCAAGCGCCUCAGCAUCUUGGAAGAAGAAGACCCUCAGCACCACCCGCUGACUCCGGCUAACCCCACCUGGAAGUGCCCUAGCUGCUCUUUGCCCAAUGCUGUUAGCUCAGCCAAGUGUGAGGGCUGCCGAUCGUCAAGGGCCGGCGCUGACCUCAUCGACCUGGUAGGCUGUGAAACGGUGCGAUUUACCCCAGCUAGCCCAUCCAGUCCGGACUUUAGCACCUGGGUGUGCUCCAAGUGCACCCUGCGGAACCCCACCGGCACACCCAAGUGCUCAGCUUGUGGUUCUUCCAAACUGCACGGCUUUCAGGAGCAGCAGACCCCUCUGGCCCGCUGUUGUCCACACUGCGGCUCUGCUUCGUGCUCUUGUCCGCCCUCCUCCACCCCGUCGGGUCAUAAAGCUCGAAAACAGGCCCGGGUCUUCCCUUCCGCUGCUGGCGCUUCCUCCAGUUCGUCGGCCUCCACCUCGUCUGGCCUCCAGGAGAAAGCAGGACAGUGGAGCUGCCCUGCAUGCACGCUUCUCAACGAUGUCAAGGCCAAGAACUGUGCAGCGUGCCACACAGCGCAGCAGUACCUCACCCUGCGCAAGGUGGUGAAGCCCCUGAAGAGGAGGGAGAGCAUGCAUGUGGAGGCUCGUCGACGGAACGAUGAGGGAGAAGCCAAGGAGCUCUGGGAAAACAUCGUCAGUUUCUGCAGAGAGAACUCUGUGAACUUUGUGGAUGACAGUUUCCCCCCAGGACCUCGCUCCGUGGGCUUCCCCGAGGGCGACAGCGUCCAGCAGCGCAUCAAAAAGUGGCUGCGUCCCCACGAGAUCAACUGCAGCAACUUUAAAGACAGAGGUGUCAAAUGGUCCGUCUUCCGCACGCCGCGGCCCUCCGACAUCCUGCAAGGGCUCCUCGGAAACUGCUGGUUCCUGAGUGCGUUGGCAGUGCUGGCGGAGCGGCCAGAGCUGGUGGAGAGAGUCAUGAUCACCAGAACCAUCUGUCCGGAGGGCGCCUACCAGGUCCGGCUCUGCAAAGACGGGACAUGGACCACGGUGCUGGUGGACGACAUGCUGCCCUGCGACGACUACGGAUACCUCCUCUUUUCACAGGCUCAGAGGAAGCAGCUCUGGGUGGCUCUGAUCGAGAAGGCCCUGGCCAAACUCCACGGGUCCUACUUCGCCCUGCAGGCAGGGCGCGCCAUCGAGGGCCUGGCCACUCUGACCGGGGCGCCCUGCGACUCCCUCAUGCUCCAGGUCAGCUCCACUAAUCCCCGAGAGGAACCCAUCGACACCGACCUGAUCUGGGCCAAGAUGCUGAGCUCCAAGGAGGCUGGGUUUCUAAUGGGAGCUUCCUGUGGAGGCGGGAACAUGAAGGUGGACGACGCCGUUUAUGAGUCCUUGGGUCUGAGGCCCAGACACGCCUACUCCAUUCUGGAUGUUCGAGACGUUCAGGGUUACAGGUUGCUGCGGCUGCGUAACCCUUGGGGUCGCUUCUCCUGGAACGGCAGCUGGUCGGACGAGUGGCCGGACUGGCCUCAGCACCUCCGGCACGAGCUGAUGGCUCAUGGCAGCAGCGAGGGCGUCUUCUGGAUGGAGUACACAGACUUCAUAAAAUACUUUGACUCAGUCGACAUCUGUAAGAUCCACUCAGACUGGCAGGAAGUGCGUCUCCAGGGCUGCUUCCCCAGCAAAGCCAGCGGCCCGGUCACUGUCACCGCCCUCACCGUGUUGGAGCGCACCGCCCUGGAGUUCGCUCUCUUCCAGGAGGGAAGCAGGCGCUCGGACACGGCCGACAGCCACCUGCUGGACCUCUGCAUCAUGGUGUUCCGCGCUUCGUUCGGCAGCGGCAACAAGCUGACCCUGGGCCGUCUGUUGGCCCACAGCAAGCGGGCCGUCAAGAAGUUCGUGGGUUGUGACGUGAUGCUGGAGCCGGGGGAGUACGCGGUCGUCUGCUGCGCCUUCAACCACUGGCAGAUGAACGUGAGCGGGACGGGAGCUCCGCCCACGCCCAUCUCCAGUCCCACCAGUGGGGCGGCCCGCCGGCCCAGCCACGACUUUCCCGGCUACAUCCUGGCCAUCUACAGCUCCCGCCAGGUGAUGGUGGAGCAGGUGGAGGCCACACCCACCACACUAGCCGACGCCAUCAUUCUGCUCACAGAGAACAAAGGAGAACGACACGAGGGUCGUGAAGGCAUGACCUGCUACUACCUGACCCAUGGAUGGGCGGGGCUUAUCGUGGUUGUGGAGAACCGUCAUCCCAAGUACUACCUCCACGUUUCCUGUGACUGCACCGACAGCUUCAAUGUGGUUUCCACGCGCGGCAGCCUCAAGACCAUCGACAGCGUUCCACCUUUACACAGGCAGGUGCUGGUGGUACUCUCCCAGUUGGAGGGAAACGCAGGCUUCUCCAUCACCCAUCGCCUCGCCCACCGGAAGGCGGCGCAGGCCUCCCUGGGCGACUGGACUCCCACCAAGGCCACCCACAGCCCCCACCUCACCCCUGACAUUGAUGGGCUGCACAGGCCCAGGCCUCUAUGACCCCUGCCCUCUUCACUCCCCACCCAUAGACUUUAACCCAACGACCUGUCGGACCACUGAAAAAAAUCAAGCAAUGGUAGAAAAGAGCUGUGGGGAGCCAUGAGUUGCAGAGGAAGGCGAGUUUUCUGGUUUUGGAAGUGCGUAUGAA